UGGGCCUCGCACCAUCGGUCGGGGGCGUCGGGGCCAUUCUUUUGCAAAGAUCUCAUCUGAGUUGACCAUAACUAUCAAAAUUCAAAAUUGAUUCCGUGGGUUCCAUUUAUGCUGUUUAUGAUCUGUGUAGAGGGUUAACUUGUGCGAUUUAACGUCUUCUCGAGGAAAAUUUUACUCGAGAUUAACAUUUGCACCGCGAUAAUUUUGAAGUAAUAUAUCGAAACCAAAAUGAGUACUUGUCAAAUAAUAUCAUGUAGAAAUAAUUAUCGAACAAAAGAAUCCAAAAUUAUACAUUUUCAUCGCUUUCCAAGAAGAAAUGCGUUAAUAUUACAAUGGGAGAAAGCUUGUGGGAGAAAACAUAUCAAUAUUAAAAAUGGACGCGUCUGUUCCAUCCAUUUUGAUUCAGCAGCAUACAAAGUGUAUGAUUUACACAAUCAACCAAAAAAAAGAAGAUUAAAAUCUGAUGCAGUACCUACGCUGUAUUUAGGAUCAUCAAAUGGCGAAGUACCAGAUACUGCAAUGAAUACAACACUGAAUAAAGAGGAGUUGGAAGUGAUGAAUACAACACUGUUUGAUGAGCAGAUGGACGUGAUGAAUACAACACUGUUUGAUGAGCAGAUGGACGUGAUGAAUACAACACUGUUUGAUGAGCAGAUGGACGUGAAUACAACACUGUUUGAUGAGCAGAUGAAAGCUUCGACUUCAAGACACUUAUUAAAUUUGAACACACCAGAAUCUUCUAUGUCUGGAGAAUUACCGGAAAACUUCCUGGACAAAUCCAACAAUCCGCCGGUGGAAAUUAGCAAAAAAGGAUUCGUCGAAUUUAGAUUACAGAACAAUAUUUUAAAGAAGCAGCAUGUUAACGACAACAACAGAAAGGAGUACGAAAUCAGAAAAAGUGAGAUGGAAAGGAAACGACAAAACGAAGAAGAGAAAGACAAAACUAGCGAGCACCUUUUUUAUGAAGAGGAUCAGGAUGCAGAUAGCGAGAGUGAACAAAAAAUGAAUACUAAAGACAGGUUCAAACUUGAGUCGGGAAAGAAAAUUUAUGAAUGCAAUCAGUGCGGUCGUAUAUUUUUCCUGCAGCAAAUGCUAGUGUUGCACAUUCAGCACUUCCAUCUCAAUCGCCGAUACGAGUACGAUAACAACUGCAAGAAACGCUUUUCCAGCAAAUCGAAUUUGCUGAAGCAUAAAACCAUACAUUUAGACAAGAUGCUAUUCUCGUGCUCAGUGUGCCAGAUUAAGUUCAGACUGUUGGAGCAGCUGCAAUGUCAUAAGAAAAUCCACAUGAACGAGAUGCAUUAUGCCUGUCAGCAUUGCAGUCGCAGAUUUGUCACUGUUGAAGAAUGCAAGAAGCACGAAGAUUCAGAGCAUAAGAAAGUGAAGCCGUUCCAAUGCAACAUCUGUGGUAAUUGCUUUGUAGCCAAACAAGGCUUGCAACGGCACAUAGCACAGAAACAUGAAGAACUGUUCACGUGCAACUACUGUACAGAGGCCUUCCACACAAAGACAUUGCUAAACCAGCAUUUGUUUGACACUCACAUUGAUGAUCGAUUCCAUACGUGUAAAAUUUGCCUGAAGACGUUCCUCCGAUUGCAUCAUUUGACCGAACAUAUAAAAGUUAAUCAUAGUGGAUUGAAGAAGAUUGAGAACUACAGUGAUGCGCAAUCUGAGAGCCAACAAUUAACUGUCUGCAGCCCUCCCCCAACUCAUAGCCCAAAAUACAAAAUUAUAUUUUCUAUUUCAUAUAGAAUACCAACAUAA